AUGACUGAUGUUGGACCAUCCAUCUUCACCGCCGCCGUGCUGGCGCGCUCCGGCGCCACCGCGGCCAAGGGCCCCACCGACGUGCUCGUGCACGACUUCCAGUUCGAGGUGGAGCAGGUGCUGAGCAGGGAUUUCCUAUGCGACGAGAACCGGGUCGCCGGCAGCGGCACCCCAUCGCUCGGCCACUUCGUCAUCCGCGGGGGCGGGGCCGGGGCCGGCGAUGCCUUCUGCUCUGCCCAGGAGGACGGCUCGUCGGGGGAGAAGACGCGCCGCCGCCGCAGCCGCAAGUAAAUUUUACUUGUCCGCUGUCCG